AUAAGGCUCAACCUAUACAUGAGAUGUCUGCAUCGGUUAAGUUUUUCCUUUGUCGUUGAUAUAGGUGUAAUUGGCCUUUUUUCACACUUCGUGCAUUCUCUGAAUUCAGCUUGUCCACUGAGCUGGGGAGCUCCAACUAGCAGUCCGGUAGUCCCGUCGAACUGGUUUCAAAUUUCAACAUGGCUGCUGGCAGAAGAUUCUUCUGCACAGUUUUGCGUUGUCCUCAGAAGACCAGGAAUGUUUGCUAUUCUAUAAAAUUUAAUUUAAACUCAAUUCGUUGCUUCUGGUCAAGUUUUCCCGUAAAAGAUCCAAAAUUUUCGAAACAUUUUAGCUCUAAAGAGCAAAAUGUCUACGACGUUGCAAUCGUAGGGGGUGGCGCUAUAGGCUCAUCUUCGGCCUACUUUUUAGCAAGUAGAAUGCACGGACAAGGAAAAAUUUGCGUUAUUGAAUGUGAUCCUACGUACUCAAAGGCAUCAACAACCUUGUCAGUAGGAUCAGUAAGGCAGCAGUUCUCCAUGGCUGAGAAUAUCAUAAUGUCACAAUAUGGCUUUCAGUUUUUAUCUGAAAUUGAACAGCAUUUAGCCGUUGAUGGCUGCGACCCCCCUGAUAUUCAACUGCAUAGUCAGGGUUACUUAUUUUUAGCAAGCAAGGAAGGAGAAGAAAAAAUGAAGGAAAAUCAUGCAACUCAGAGGGAGCUUGGAUGUGAAGUUGUUCUUCUCUCCCCUUCUGAGCUCAGUGAACGAUUUCCAUGGCUCAAUACAGAUGGGAUAUCAUUAGCUUCAUUGGGAAUAGGAAGGGAAGGUUGGUUUGAUCCUUGGUCACUCCUCAAUGCCUAUAAGAGGAAGGCUAGUUCUUUGAAUGUGGAUUACAUCACUGGAGAGGCAGUGGACUUUAUCACUGAUCAUAAUGGGCAAAUAUGCAGUAUAAAGGUUGCUACCAAUUCAUCCCCAAAUGAUCCUCAAACCAUCCACUGUAGGUUUGUGGUGAAUGCUGCAGGUGCAAAGGCAGGGUAUCUCGCAAGGAAGCUUGGGAUAUAUCUGCCUGUGGAACCAAGAAAACGCUGUGUCUUUGUACUAAGCUGUCCUGGCGCUCCAAACAAACAUCAAAUGCCGUUAAUUAUUGACACUACUGGUUGUUAUGUGCGGCCUGAAAGUGGCUCUUACUUAUGUGGAAUGCCCCCACCAGAGGAAGAAGAUAUAGAAACUUCAGACUUUGAAGUAGACCAUGACUGUUUUUACGAAACGAUAUGGCCUAAGUUAGCUCACAGAAUUCCUUUAUUCGAGUGCGUCAAGGUCCAAAGCGCCUGGGCUGGUCACUAUGAAUACAACACACUGGAUCAGAAUUCCAUAAUAGGACGUCAUCCCCAAAUAAGGAAUCUUAUUCUUGUAAACGGCUUCAGUGGUCAUGGUAUCCAGCAGUCUCCCGCAGCAGGACGAGCCGUCAGUGAGCUGAUCUUGGACGGUGGCUUUCAGACAAUUGAUCUUUCAGCUCUUGGAUACGAACGCGUAUUGAGCAACGAACCAAUGAAAGAGAAAAACAUCAUUUAGUAGAGAAAAUCAUCUACCUUUGUGGUAGAACUUUUACGAUGUAUUUGUUCUUGUGCAUGGCCAAGGCCCUAUUUGCACUGAAUGCUUUUUCAUUUGAAACACUUCGGUUUUCUCUUAUGUUUUCCUUUUUCAAACUCCAAAAAAUACCCAAAAAUGUUAGUCAAAGUGGAGACUUUCCCAGUGUGGAUACCGCUAAGGGACCGGUCGGAGUAUGUAAAAUCUGACGAUUGAGUGACAUGGAAACGAAUUAUUCUGAUGGCACGUUGAAGAGGUUCACGCGGCAACAUAGAGUUUCAGACUCUCUAAGGGUUUUGUGAGAAAAUUAAGUGCGGUAACUCUUGGUCGGUCAGUCUUAUGUCUGAGCACUCGUUUUCGUGCGUGCGGUUGGCGUUGAGGAGUCGAAAAAUGCUCUUGUUCAAAUAAAAAACAAACUCAUGUGUAAAGCUAAAAGAAAUACGAGAAAGCACGUGAGGUUGAAAAUGUUUCAGCUUCGUUUGUUGUUGGACUGAAAUCAGAAUACCUUUCUGAUUGUACCAGGAUGUCCGGGGUCUCGGAGCAAUAAGUUAAACACAUUAUUUGCUUUAUUAUGUCUGUAGCUGAACGUCAUUGUAGAUGAUAAAAUCGUCUGUAACCAAGAUUUGCAAAGAAAAUAAAUAAAUGAAAUAAAAUAACAACGGGAACCAAAAACGUAGGGCACAAUUUUAAAA